AGUCAAGUCAUGCCAAGUGAGCCACUUUUUGUGCUCUUUCCAUUUCAUUUUCAACUUCAAAUGGCCCUCAGCCUUCAAUCUCAACUAUUCAAACUUCAAAGUUUCAAACAGUGAUGGACCGGACGGCUCUUCGGGUUCACCGGUCGGAUUCUAUUGAAGUGGAAGGAAAAGGGACUGGAUUCGAGACUUAGAGGCGGAGACUUCUACUCCUGUUUCUUUUGUGGGUUUCCAAAAACAAAAUUGCCUUGUAAAUGGGGGGAAAGAAAACAUAUGGAUUAUCUCCAUAUUUAGAAGAAAUUUACACGAUCUUUCAGGUUUUUGACUGUUGCCAUGGCUCAAAAGUCCACCCCCCAUAUAAAAUCAUGGGUCAUGGGCCAUCAUGACCAUGAAACAUGAUGGUGAUGAUGAUGGGUUUUAGUAAUAGCAGUAGCAGUAGUGGUUGAUUCAUGAGCACCAACCCCAAUCAUUCAAAAAACAAACAAAAACUCACAGUCUGCUGUUUUCUCAUUCUUGGUCACCCCCCAUUUCUCUCUCUCUUGAAAUUUGAAAACCCAAUAAUAUAAAAGACCUCCCUUUCUGUCUGUGUGUUGAUUUAAGCAGCAGGGAGCUGAGCAGUUUGCCUCAUUUGGGUCCUCUCUCUACUCUGCAAGCUCCCCCUGGUUACCCCAUUUUGGAAAACUCUCCAAUCGCAGGUGGGUUUUACAUAGUGUUGGGUACUCACCAGUAAUCUUCAUUCUCAGCCUCUCUCUCUCUCUCUCCAUUGGUCGGGUUUCUCCUUUUGGAUGUUUUCCCAGAUCUAAUCCUAUCUGCUCCAGCAAGGGCUUUGAGCAAGUUGGAGACUUUUUACACAAGGUCAGAAGGUUACUGUUAUUUGCUUUAUCAUUUGUUAAUUCAUUUAUUCAUGCUUGUUACAGUAGAUUCACACAAGGGAAUGGAUAUGGGGGGUUUAGGUUUCAUUGCUUUUUCUUAUUCAGUCUAUAUGUGCAGUUCUACUGUGGGCUCUGAUGAUUUGGUUUAGAUUCUAGGAGAUGCAUAUCAACCGGAUAAACCCUAGGGUUGAGGGCUUCUCGGGGUGGGUGUUCCAAUUAAGUUUCUUCUUGUUAUACCUGGUUAUGGUUGAAAAAAACAGAAUCCCUUGUAGUUUCUUUUCAAAGAGGUACAACAAAUUGUUGAGAGAUAUUUUGUUAAGUAUUCAAGUGGCGUUUCUUUAGCUUUUCACAAUAUGGGAAACAGUACUUCUCGAGUGGUUGGGUGCUUUGUACCAGUGGGAAACAGCAAAGAAGGGGUUGAUUUAGAUUUCUUAGAGCCUUUGGAUGAAGGAUUAGGCCAUUCAUUCUGUUAUGUUAGGCCUGUUAGUGAGUCCUCUGCAAUAACUCCUUCUAAUUCAGAGAGGUUCACUUUGGAUUCGAGUACCUUUGAUUCCGAUACCCGUUCUUGUUCUUUUCGACAAGAGAUUGUCGAAGAUCCAAAUUUGCAAAAACCCAGUAAGAAUUUUCCUGAAACCACCUUCAAAACCAUAUCUGGGGCCUCUGUGAGUGCCAAUUCCUCAACGGCGAGGACUGUUACAUCUUAUGACCACCAUUGCACAUUGUUUGCUAGUGACCCACAUGAUCGAGCUGCAUCAUUUGAGGGCACUGCCUCAUUUAGCGCACUCCCUCUACAACCAGUGCCUCGAGGAUCAGCCCAACAUUCUGGCUCAGUCUCGGGUUCCUUAAAUGGCUUCUUGUCUGGCCCUUUAGAGAGAGGUUUGGGCUCUGGACCACUAGACAGAGGAAGUGGGUUUAUGUCUGGGCCUCUUGAGAAAGGAAUGUUCAUGUCUGGUCCUUUAGAAAACACUGAUAAAACCAACUUCUCAGCACCUCUCUCGUAUGAUCGAAGAAGGGCUAUUUUAGGUCGUCUAGUGAGAAGUGUGAGCAAACCCAUGAAAACCGCUCUCUAUCGAACUCUUUCGAGACCUAGGUCAGGUUGGAUGCAUCGGUUGCUUUGGGACCCUGUCACCCAAUUUAUAUGGAACGCUAAGGAAGGAAAAUAUCGACCUGAAGAACCAGUUGGGUCUUCAGAAGGUGAACAUGGUAGCAGCCGAAACCUUCAGUGGGCUCAUGGGAAGGCAGGUGAGGAUAGGGUUCAUGUUGUGCUCUCUGAGGAGCAUGGUUGGUUGUUCGUUGGCAUCUAUGAUGGUUUUAAUGGGCCUGACGCUCCUGAUUUUCUCAUGAGUCAUCUUUAUAAGGCCAUUGAUAAAGAAUUAGAGGGCGUGCUCUGGGAUUAUGAUGAUAAUCCCUGUAGAAACCCACCAGAAUCUGGAGAGGUUGCAAGUGCCUGUCAAGAUGUCGGGGUAUUUUCAAAUUGCGAGAAAGAGAACGAACCUAGUUCCUUGCCAUUUGAAAUGGAAGAAUGUCAAGGUCAAGAAGAAAUCCAUUGUGUUUCUUUAGAACCUGCCAUGGAUCAAAGCGAAGAGUUGCCAAGGGUAGUAAAGGACUCAUCCAAUGAAAUGGCAGGAGUUCUGCUUGAUGGUGCUGAUGAAAUGGGAAAAUUGGCAAACUCAGAUGGAAACUCUGUGGAGGAUAUGCAGAAACCACAGGAAGUUGAAAUUGUGGAGGUCAGGGAAGAUGAAAGCACCAGCAUAAAGCAGUUUUCAGAACAAGUUCCCUCAACAAAGAUGUUAGGUCAUGGCCGUAAAAGCAAACGCCUUUAUGAGUUGCUAAGGGAGGAGGACUUGCGAGAAUCUAUUGGAGACUUGCAUGCUAGAGAAAACUUACCUACAGCACAGGCUCCAUUAACCAGCGAUGCUGAAGCUCUCAAGUGUCCACAUGGGGAUUUAAGAGAAGGGGGAGGAGCACUUGGGGUACAAGAAUCAGAUCAAGACAAUAUCAGGGUUACUUUAUCAGUGGUGGGUGACAGACAGAAGUCAGUUAUUGGAUCAAAACUGACGAGAUUGUAUAGGAAACAGAAAGAAAUGCGUAAAAAGCUGUUUCGUUGGAGUUAUGAUUGGGAUAGGGAACAAAUCCAAGUUACCAAAAAACCAGCUGAACCAUUGGCCAUACCAAGUAGGCGUUGUAAAGCUGGUGAGGUUGACCAUGAAGCAGUUUUGAGAGCCUUGGCUAGGGCACUGGAAAUAACAGAAGAAGCAUACAUGGAAAUGGUAGAGAACGUACUUGAUGUGAACCCUGAGCUUGUACUAAUGGGUUCCUGUGUGUUAGUAAUGUUAAUGAAGGACCAAGAUGUUUAUGUCAUGAAUCUUGGGGAUAGUCGAGCUGUUUUGUCACAAGAGAGGCUUAAUGACCGACAUGUAGAGGAUCCGAGACAUAAAGCUCGGUCUAGAGAUGCUCUUGUCCGAGUGGAAUUGGACAGGAUUUCUGAGGAGUCCCCUAUGCAUAGUGAGAUCAGUCAUGUGAGCAGGACCAACAAAAACAGGGAUAUCAAUAUCUGCAGAUUGAAAAUGAGAGCAUUUCAGCUGUCCAUCGACCACAGCACAAGUGUUGAGGAGGAAGUGUUAAGGGUAAAAGAGGAGCAUCCUGAUGACAACCGGGCUAUCUUAAAUAAUAGAGUGAAAGGACAGUUAAAAGUUACUCGAGCAUUUGGUGCAGGAUAUCUAAAGAAGCCUAAAUUGAAUGAUGCUUUGAUGGAAAGGUUUCGAAUCGAUUAUAUUGGGAUCGCUCCAUAUCUCAGUUGCAUUCCCCAUGUUUGUCACCAUCGCCUCUGUUCUAAUGAUCGCUUUCUGGUCCUCUCUUCCGAUGGGCUUUAUGAGUACUUCAGCAAUGAAGAGGUUGUAUCCCAUGUUGAGUGGUUCAUAGAGACUGUCCCUGAUGGAGACCCUGCCCAAUACCUCAUUUCAGAGCUUCUCUUUCGUGCUGCAAAGAAAAAUGGAAUGGAUUUUCAUGAGCUGCUGGAUAUUCCUCAUGGUGAUCGCCGCAAAUAUCAUGACGAUGUUUCUGUCAUGGUGGUAUCCCUUGAAGGAAGGAUUUGGAGAUCUUCAGGUUGAUUCAUUAUACAAGACAAGUUUUCUUUUUCAUUCCUGAGCCUGUCUGUAGUUUUCCAAUUUUCCAAUGAUUUUCAUCGUUCUCUUGUUUGAGAGCUGUUGGGUCCAGCGAUUCCAGAAGACCUUUUUAAAGAAGAGAAAGGGGGGAAAGAAAAAAAGAAAAGAGAGAAAAGAAAAAAAAAACAUUUGCUCAUAGUUAUUGUUGCUCUCCCAUAUAGUCAAUUUUGUUGUGCAUUGGUUCUA